GCUUCCGUGCAAACUUCUCCAGAUCUUUACUUUGAGUUUUACGGUAUAAUUAACUGGGCUUAAACACGUUAUUCCUGCAGAAAGCCAUAAAGUGAUAAAAUGGGAGUUUAUCUCUGAUUUACUUAUGUCAUGGCUGAGGAAUUAAAAGGUGUGAUAGGGAAAUGUCUCAGGGACCUGUUUCUGACUUUGACCUGAUGAAUGCUUUGGAUUGGAGAGACGGCAUUGCAACCCUUCCUGGAAGUCACAUUAAGUUCCGUCUCAGUGAGUUUGGAACCUUAGAAAUCAUCACAGAUUCUGACUCUGUUGUGACAGCCAUAUUACCCCAAAGCGGUCAAACUCCUGGGACAGAUACUCACAGCUCCAGUUUAUCAAUCCCUAGCCAAGUGAUUAAAAUUGAAGGCAAAGAUCCAGAGAUGGAGAAAAAGCCAGCUGAAGAAAGUUCACCUGCUGUACAGCCAACAGAGGAACAGCCAACUGCACCAGUUCAACAAACUAUAGCCUCUGGCUCUUCUACAUGCACUGAAAAUGAGCGUCCCCAGAGACUGCGCAGAAAAAGAAAACUUCUUAUGGACUCAGGAGAUGAAGAGGAUGGACUGGAUGAAGAAGAGAUGAACCAUUGGCAUGAUAAAAUGAAGGCCAAUUUAAAGAGUCGAAAAACCUCAAAGCAAACAAAGACAGCUCCACCAACUAAGAAAAAGUUAUGGAACUGGGUCUCUUACUUAGAAGAGGAAAAGAUGCCAGCAGUUCCACUUAAAUUUUUUAAAGAGCAUCAAUCUUUCCCACAAUCCAGAAAUAACUUUAGGUGUGGAAUGAAACUGGAGGGAAUAGAUCCAGAGCACCCUUCACUGUAUUGUGUUCUGACCGUUGCAGAGGUGCAAGGUUACAGAAUGCGGCUUCAUUUUGAUGGGUAUCCCGACUGCUAUGACUUUUGGGUUAAUGCCGAUUCUGUUGAUAUUCACCCUGUGGGAUGGUGUGAGAGGACAGGACACAAACUGCUGCCUCCCAAAGGUUAUAAAGAUGGAGAAUUUAGUUGGCCUUCUUACUUAAAGCACUGCAAAGCUCAAGGGGCUCCGAAAACGGUCUUUAAAAGUUAUAACACGCCUGUCACUCCAUCAGGUUUCCGGGUGGGUAUGAAAUUGGAAGCUGUAGACCGAAAAAAUCCUUCAUUACUUUGUGUAGCAACGAUUGCAGAUAUUGUGGAGAACAGACUUCUUAUUCACUUCGACAGUUGGGACCACAGCUAUGAUUAUUGGUGUGAUGCAAGCAGUCCAUAUAUCCGGCCAGUUGGUUACUGUCAAGAAUCCUCAAUUACUCUGACACCACCACCAGAAUAUAAAGAUCCCAAAACUUUUUCCUGGGAAGCUUAUCUUGAAAAAACAGGAGCUCAGGCAGCACCAGCACGAGCCUUCAAACCACGCCCGCCUCAUGGGUAUCAGCCACAUAUGAAGUUAGAAGCAGUCGACCAAAGAAAUCCUACAUUAAUCAGAGUUUGCAGCACUGUUGAUAAAGACGAUAACCGCAUUAAGUUGCAUUUCGAUGGCUGGAGCUCCCUGUAUGAUUUCUGGGUGGAUGUUGACAGCCCUGACAUUCACCCUGUAGGAUGGUGUGCAAAGACUGGACAUGCACUCCAGUUGCCUCCUGGUGCCUCAGACAUGCCUGCGGUAGCAGGGCAGGGAUGUCCUAUUGCUGGCUGCACAGGAAUUGGACAUGUAAGGGGAUCCAGAUAUGGCACGCAUUAUACUGCUGUGGGAUGCCCCUACUCAGAAGUUAAUUUGAAUAGGGAGAAUUUCCUGCAGGAUCGUCUUAGUGGGGAGCGACCAUCACCAGUCCAAAGCGCAACCCGUUCCCGUAGGCCAGGGACACCUAGUCCUGCAACAGAUACCAGUGACUUCCCCCAGUCAAGAAAAUCUCCAAUUCCAGUAGAUGAAAGCUGGGGACGGAGCAAUCCGUGGGAGGGAACUGAGUGGUUAGAAGAGGAAAUGGACACUAAACCACAGAUAAAGAGGGGAUCUCACACCUACAUACGUCUGCAGAUCAUUAAACAAGAAACAGAUGGAACAGACUGUGAAGUCAGUUUGGAGCAAGCUUUACACCAGUCAGUGUUCAUGACCUCCUUAUCUUCUGAUCCUGGGCAUCGCAUCCACAUGUGUUGGGAGCAGCAGUGUUACCUGCUUCCUGAAGUAUCAUCAUAUACAGCCCAAAGUGUCGGCAAGUGGAGUGCAGAUGAGGUAGCUCAGUUUGUACACCAGCUCCCCGGGUGUAAAGAUCAGUCCUCCGUUUUCAAAGAUGAGCAAAUAGACGGAGAAGCUUUUCUGCUUCUGACUCAGAGCGACCUGGUGAAGAUACUCGGCCUCAAACUGGGACCAGCUCUGAAAAUCUACAACUCAAUUCUUAUGUUUCACACUUUAACUCAGGACUGAAUAGAUAAGACCCUUCAGACAGAGAGGAAGAGUCUUAGGCUGGAAAGAAAGAAAAAAAACCCCACCAGAGAAUAACAACUCCUUGGGAAGUUUGGAAUAACAUGGCUGAUACAAAUAAGAAGUUGAAGUCACAUUCUUAGAGGACAAGUAGUUGUAUUAAACAUGCAAAAGUAAAUACUCCCCUGUGUACUAUUUAUAUAUAAUAUAUAGUUAAGAGCUUAGUCCAGCACUGUAUGCGUUGGUAUAAUGAAUAUAGUAUGCUUAAUUAUUUUUUUGUAGAGAUCCUUCUGCAUUGGAGAAACUGUUCUCCUUGCUUAUUUGUAAGUGCAAUUUUCUAUAGAACUCCCGCAUACCGGUAGACACUUAUUUUGGAAGUCAAGUGGAUUACAAGUCAUGAGAUGCCUCUUCAUGCUCAUUUAUAAAAAUGUACAUCUUAUAUUUCAUUGCUAGUUUAAGCCCAAUAAACUGCAUUUAUCUCUCUCU